AUGGCUUCAUAUCGGACUCAUCUCACUGUGCUUGAGCAGACUGCUGCACGGUACCCUGACUCGCCAGUUUUCCGCAUUCCGCGCAUCGACUCGCGUUCCAACGAAAUCCUUGAGUGGGACAUUGUCACCUACAGCCAGUUUUGGCAAGAUGUCGAACGGUUCGCAAGACAUUGGACACAGAAGCUCACAAGUUGUGGAGUCGGCACUCGGUCUGUUGUUGGUUUAUGGCUCGGUGGUGUCACCUACGUCGAUGCCGUGCACAUAUACGGCAUUGCUCGUGCAGGCUAUAUCCCGCAGUACUUCUCACUGCGCCUGCCGAACCCUGACAUCAUCUUCGAGUUACUGGAGAAGUCCAAUGGCCGCGCCCUCAUCUACGAUUCCUCGUAUGCUUCGACUUUGAGCCAUGCGCCCGUACCUACCUUCGUCGCCAUUGACGCACGAACAUUACCGGAUCCCGAGGUAUCACUACCACCCAAUCGAGCGAGCACCAAUGGCGAGGACACCCUCAUGAUCUUCCACACGUCGGGUUCAACAUCUGGUCGCCCGAAACUCGUGCCGGUCAGCUAUUCUUGGUGGGACUUCAUACUGGCUAAGAUCCAUGAGCACAUGAAACCCAGCCCUGCUCGCAACGGUAGGCAAGAUGUCACUGUCUGGAUGGGAAGCAUGUGUCAUUUCGGACAAUCAUUUAUGCUCGCCGGCAUGAUCCAGCACGGGUCGUGCACGGUCCAAUUCACCCAGCAGGCGUUCUCGUCCGAUGAACUUGUCGACAUGUUUCAACGAUGCGGACUCUCCCGCAUCAACAUCUUCCCUACUUUCCUGAGCCAGCACCUGCGGAACUCGCGGCAAAGUCCCAAGCUCCUCGCGCUCCUGCAGAGCCUCGACAACAUCUUGAUCUCUGGUCUGAUGAUGUCGUCUGAGGACGAGGAGUGGGUGUACAGCAACGGGAUCAAGCUGACGAAUUGCUACGGGAACACUGAGGUCGGCUCCAUGCUCGUUACCCCCGCCUCAGACCUGGACACCCCGGCUUCUUCGAACAGGACACGCGCCUUGACCCCCGUUCCCGGCUCCAAUUACCUCUUCGUCCCCAUCGACACGGAGGCCGACUCCACCGCCCACGCGGAGGCCGAGACCGUGUACGCCAACGCCAACGCACAGCUACUGGAGCUCAUCGUGCACGCGGACUCGCCGGACUGCCCCGACCGCUCGCUGCGGCACGAGGAUGGCCACUACCACACCGGCGACCUCUUCGUCGAGGUCUCCCCGGGACGAUACGUCUACCGGGGCCGGAACGACGACUGGAUCAAGAGCGAGAACUCGCUCCGCUGCGACACGAAGGCGAUCGAAGACAACGUCCUCGCCACGUGCGGCGACCUCGUUGCGGCGUGCAUCGUGACGGGCAAUGGCAGGCCUUCUCCCGCGUUGUUUGUAGAGUCCGCGGACGCCGGUGCGGAUCCCGAGAAGCUCAAGCGGGACAUCAUCCGCCGGAUCAGGCCUUUCCAUUCGCGACGGUACAUGCACGAGCGCAUCGUGUCACCGCAGUUCGUGCUCGCCGUGCCCCGGGGUACGCUCCCUCGUACGGCGACCAAGGGCAACAUCCGUCGACGGGCCGUCGAGGAAGCGUUCAAGGCUGAGCUCGAUUGCGUCUAUGGUGUUGCGCGCUGAGGUCACAUCUCGGGUCGACACUACUUCCUAACGAGUAUUAUUAUCUAUGGGCAUCUCACAGCAUUCGGCACAUUCCCAUCUCCAUUCUUGCACUCCCUCCGUGAUCUGUAUCAUUACCUCGAGGCACUAAUCUCGCACCGCACUGUAGUACUAACACUCCCUACUGUACCUAUCUGUAGCCUAAUUCCGUGAAUCCGUCGGAACUGGUUCCGGAGGAAGCUUGUUCUCGUACACACUAUUGACAUUAUCGACUUUGUAGUCAGUAUGCCACCUUCAAUCUUUCCAAAAUAUGUUCUUAGUGCGCAAACCGGCAGACGGCCCUCAGUCCAGUAGAUAGAUCC